GAACUUUUAGUAAUCCGGCAUUUCAACCCCGCCCCAUAUUUGGGUGAAUUUCGAAGAAUCAUGCGUGUUGAGACGGGGCGGCGCGCGUCGCGUGUAAUAAAUGUAUAUACGCACAUAUAAUAAAGUCUAUAAGGCAAAGCCACGAGUGGCCGUUUAAGUCUAAUCACCGUAAAUCGAACGGCGAAAUACAGUGGUUGAAAAUCUACUUGUCGGUCGGGGGGGGAGGGGGAUGGGGGGUUUUGGUGGUGUUGCGAAUUGUCAGGUGAAUAGAAAAGCGGCGUUAUUGCGUAAUCCGUUUCGCGAACAGCGAGAGCGGUGGUGGGGUUUGGUCGGUGGCUAUUUGAACCUUUGAUUUGAACAGGAAAUGUCGUACAGCGAUGGCGGGCGUUCGAUCCGCAAGUCGAGUACGAAGUCGCCGAAAAAAUUGCGAGUGAUAAAGAACGGCGACAGCGACAAGGUGACAACGACGACGAUAAGCUACCACCACCACCACCAUCACCACUCGGAGGGCCACGGCCCUCACCCUUCGAUUCACAAGCGGAAUUUGUACGUCGUCUCGUUCCCCCUGAUAUUCCUCUUCAACGUUCUGCGCACUUUGCUCUACCAGCUAUUCGUGAUAUUCAAGUACUUCUACACGUCGACCUCGCGGCUAUUCCUCAGGCGUAGCACCGCCAAUAUCGCCCACGGCAAAAAGAGCCUCAAGGCCAACUGUCACCUCGAGAUUGUCGUCGGUCAGCAGAACGCUGACGGAAACGAGAAAGAUAACCUCCUCAGCGUCGUCGACCCCGAAGCUGAACAGAUGUCCCAGAUUCCGAGACGCACCGCUGGUCCUGGACCCGGUGACCCUCUCCUCGCUAAACAGAAACACCACCACAGGAGGGCCUUCGAGUUCAUCAGCAAGGCCCUCAAAAUCGAUGAGGAGAACGAGGGUCAUAAAGAAAUGGCUAUCGAGCUCUAUAAAAAGGGUAUCGGUGAGCUGGAAAAAGGCAUAGCGGUCGAAUGCAACGGCGGACGUGGUGAAGUCUGGGAGAGGGCUCAGAAAUUGCACGACAAAAUGCGUGCUAAUCUUGCCAUGGCUAAGGAUCGGUUGGAUUUCCUAGCCAGUUUGUGCGAGCUGAAAAGACUGGGAAUAACGAACAAAGGAGGCUGCGCCGAAGACGCAGAUCGAGCUAGUGAACGUGGUGAAAAUCAUCCAAGGCUAAGACAACGCCUCGGGCCCCAAGCGACGCAAACAAAUAAAAACCCCACCACCACUACUCCUCACAACAGCAACAAUCACAGCCACCAUCCACAAAUUAGUUCUAAUAAUUAUCUCUCUAGUAGCGGGGCACAUUCGCAGACGUUACAUGUACCUGGUCAAAACACAUACAAAUACAUACAAAGGCCGCGAUCUCCAAAAAAUCAUUCCGCUCGACUGCCUGAAGCGUCUGGUAGAAAACUGGCGGUGCCUGGAAAGCGGGUGGCUGGAUCAGUGAUUAGCAAGAGUCAGACGCUGCCACGUAGCAUGGGAAGAUCGGCGCCGACUCUACCCUGCCAUCGUACGAUGCCGAUAAAGCCAUCCUCGACCCCGCCAUCAGUGAAACGACAAUUCUCUGUGCCGAGUAACGGGUCGCCUGUGAGAAGGCCUGGAACUCCUGGGGGGUCAGGAAGCAACAGAGGAACGCCAACGCGAAAGGCAUCCAUGCCGAAAGGCAUCGACCCGAAAUUGGCCCAGGUGAUCCUGGACGAAAUCCUAGAGGGUGGAACUGCUGUUCAGUGGGAAGACAUCGCGGGUCAAGAGACCGCCAAGCAAGCGCUGCAGGAAAUGGUGAUCCUGCCCUCAUUGCGUCCUGAACUUUUUACCGGUCUCCGCACGCCGUCCAGAGGACUCCUGCUGUUCGGCCCACCAGGCAAUGGGAAGACGCUGUUGGCGAGGGCGGUAGCAACGCAGUGCAACGCGACCUUCUUCUCGAUAUCGGCGGCGAGUCUGACUUCCAAGUACGUGGGGGAGGGUGAGAAGCUGGUCAGAGCGCUCUUCACGAUAGCUAGGGAGCUUCAGCCGUCCGUGAUAUUCAUCGACGAGGUUGACUCGCUGCUCAGCGAGCGGCGGGACAACGAGCACGAAGCCUCGAGACGGUUAAAGACCGAGUUUCUCGUCGAAUUCGACGGUCUGCCUUGCACCCCUGAGGAGCGCGUCCUUGUCAUGGCCGCUACCAACAGACCCCAAGAAUUGGAUGAAGCCGCUCUCAGGCGGUUCACCAAACGGGUCUACGUCACGUUGCCCGAUACACUGACGAGGGUUCUGCUUCUCAGGAGGCUUCUCAGCAAGCAUAGUAACCCCCUCACUCAGCAAGAACUUGAGCACCUUGCGCGACUCACGGAGGGAUAUUCUGGUAGCGAUCUGACUGGUCUGGCCAAAGACGCUGCGCUGGGACCCAUAAGAGAGCUGAAUCCGGAACAAGUGAAAGAACUAGAUUUAAACUUAGUGCGUAACAUAACGAUGCAGGAUUUCGUCGAUUCUUUGAAAAGAAUUCGUAGAUCUGUAUCGCCGACUAGUUUAGCCGCUUACGAAAAAUGGAGUUUGGAAUACGGCGACGUUAGUCUCUGAUUUAAAGUCGGCCCAAAAUCCGGGCCUUCUCUAUAGCCGUAGAAGAUGAAUGACGAAGAAGUACAGUGCCCGAGUAUCAAACCCGUUUCUUUCUCCCAUCGUCAUCACGUUUCGUCGAAUUGCUCAAUCAUCUAUACUUGUUUAGGAUAAUUAGUACCAUGAAUUUUAGGUGAGACUAUUAGAAGGAAGUAAAUAGAAAUAGAAAGUACGGGAUCACUUUGCCAUAGAGACUUGGAUCUAGUUUACGAACGUUCAAGUUCGGUCAUCUGUCGCAUGCCAUAUAUUUAUUUUUACUACAUAAUCUAAUACUGCUGUAAAACAAAAUUAAAAUUAAAAUGAAACAGAUAUUUUGCGCAGUCUUCAAAACUGCUAAUGACUUUUAAAGAUACUCUACUUCAGACUCUCGGAGACGAUAGUUGUUUCAAGAUAUGUGUAGACAUAGUAGGAACAUUGAGUCAUGCGCGUAAGUUUCGGUAGAAACGUUGGCUCUGCCAAAAGUAGAAAAGAACAGUUUGCUCUUUCAUUUGAGCUAUGCAAUUAGUUUUCACAAUUUGGCACAAUCGCUUGUCCACAUAAUUAUCACAUUAAUAAGUUAAGCUUUGCCAUGACACAAGAAGCGCGCAAUUUCAAAUGGUGAUCGAAUUCCUUACAGAAUUCACACAUAGCUCUGCCGCUAGCUAUUGUAAAAUUGAUACAACGAACUAAAGUAUACCUGCAAAGUAGAGUCGCAUGAACGCAAAUAUGAAAAAAUAUAAAGAAAAAACAGUUUCUUACAUUAGUUGCGAAUUAUUGUCGAAUCGAAGAAUAUGAAGAAGUGUUUCAGUUACCUGGAAUUAUGGUAUAACUUUACGUUUAAGAAUUACAAAAGAACUAAGUUCGCCAUGUAACCUUGUUGUUAGUAAUAAUAUUGUGAUAAAAUUUACAAACCAAUUUGAAUAAUCUUUUGGUUGUCGCUUCCAUGAAUUAAGAGAGAAUAUAUUAAUUAUUAAUAAUUAUAAUUUAUUAUAAUUCGCGUUGCGUUCCCCUCUUUCGUACGUUAAUGAGUUGAAAAAAAAAUAUUUUGUUACAUUAAUACCACGUUCAGCAUACGACUGCAGGUUGAGUUAUUGUUUGAACAAAAAUCUUGUUACCACACAACGACCCUUAUCUUUGAUUCGAGACUGAUGGGAAAAAAAUCUAUUUGUCCACGCUGUCUAUGAUUAUUAUAAACUAUUUAAAAGUUCAAGUUUAACUAUUUAACUCAUAAUAUUAUAUUAUUUAUUAUAUUUAUUAUUAUUAUUAUUAUUAUUAUUGAUUGUUUGAGUUAUUGAUUGAGAAAAGGCGACGUUAUGCAUGACGAUUAAUAUUAUAUAGGAUAAUUUCAUAGUGAUAAAUCUAUCUGUAUAAAUAUAAUUAUUAUGCAUUAAUACACUGGUGAAAGUGUGUCGCGUAUAACGAUUGAUUCAAGUGGAGAAAAAAAAAAUCAAAAAUUAACAGAGUUCAAUCCGGUUAGAUACAGCAAUUACAAGUGAACCAUAGAAACACAAUGAAACAUUAACCAGACACUGAAGAAAAUAUAAGAAAUUCUCAAGCUUCCCACUUGUGAUGCAAAGUUUAAAACAUUGCUUAGUAAUAGUUUUUAUAACGAGAAUGAUAAUAAUAGCUGUUAUAUAAUUUGUUGAAAAGAAGAGUCUUGCCUUCUUCGCAGUCUGUCCUUCCGCUAGACUUCCCACAUGCCUUCCUUCAAAAUCGACAGCUCCGAGCCUUCUUCGAACGAUCAUCCGAUUAUUUUGCUACUUUUAUAACUAAUUUUUAGCUACAUACUACUACUACUACUAAUAAUAAUAAUGAUAAUAAUAAUAUUAAUCUCGCGAUUGCUUAAUUAAUCAUUAAUUGGAUUAUUAAUUAACGUGUGUAACAACACAUCUUAGCGAUACAUUGAGAUGUGUAUUCAAACUACGCAACAUGCCACUCGGCAAAAUUGGUAAAAUUGUAUAUCCGAUCGCCUAAAUUUUCGCUAUCUCUCUCUGUCUUUUUCGUGAAAUCUGAGGAAAAAGACAAGAGAUCUAAGUGUAAGAAAUUAUAUCAAUAACAAUUGUUGUGGAACAGAGACGACAGAGAGGGACAAGAGAAGGACGUAAAAUUAUUGCACGAUACUAAAACAAGAACAGUGCGUCCGCUUCACACUGGCUUAGUAUGAAGUUCCAUUAAACGCUGCUUCCGAUGGCAACUUUAAUGUAAUAUACCUAAUAUCGUUAUGGUAUCCAAUGUCGCGAUUAUACCUAAAUAAUUCUAGUCUCAUCAAGCAGUGUAAAUAACGUUAUUCUACAGAUGAUGUUUUGUUUGAGAAAAAUGUUAAAAUAUAUCCCUUCGAAGGUUGAAAAUACAAAAGCAGAGAGAAAUAACCUGAACAACACAGUAGUAAUGGAAUACUACUAAAGCAGACUCCUGAUUAUAUUAUAUACUUAUAAAUACAAAAUAUUAUUUAUAUAAUCGUACUACCGACGAAGAUAAGUUUAAAAAAAUUAAAAGAAAACUUAAAAUAAAAUAAGAGUAAUAAUAAAUACUGUAAAAUGUUUAUUUGCUAAAUAAAAAUCACACACGUUUACACGCUUAAACUAAAAA